GAGAGAGUGUGUGUGUGUGAGAUAGUUAGAGAGAUAGAGAGAGAGAGAGAGUGAGAGAGAGAGAGAGAGAGAGAGCGAGAGACAGAGAGAGAGAGAGCGAGAGACAGAGAGAGAGAGAGAGAGAAAAAGCGAGAGAGAGUUAGACACUGAACGGGAGGAGAGCGAGAGAGAGUGAGUGUGAGAGAGAGAGAUAGAGAUAGAGAGAGAGAGGUCGAGACUGAACGGGAGGAGCGAGAGAGAGAGAGGCGGGGGAGCGCGAGCCAGCAGCGGAGAGAGAGAGAGAGAGAGAGAGAGAGUGUGUGCGAAAGAGAGAGAGAGGUCGAGACUGAACGGGAGGAAAGAGAGAGAGAGAGAGAGAGAGAACCACCGUCAGGCUCCGGGAGGCAGAGCGACGGAAGACACGGGAGCGAGGGGGAGGACCGAGCGACUCACGGACUGAAUGAAGCUGCACCUGGUGCUUCUGAGGGCAUCUCCCAUGUUUUGAUUCAUUCCACUUAUUUUUUUUUUCUUCACUUCCUGAACUCGUUUGCCAUGCCGUCCAAUAGUCCGGCCGCCACGGAGACGCCACAGACGCCAGCGAAGGACACCGUGGUCGAUGUGUGUGAAGAUGGAGCGGACCAGGACAGUCCGGAGGAGGGGACGCCGGCGAGCCCCCGCACCAAGCGCAGAGUGGGCCGCCCUGGAAGGAAACGCAAGCAGCUGCUUCCUGAGAUGGCGACCUCUGACCCUUGUGCAAAUGCCCCCCCAACCCCGCCUGAGGAGCCGGAGGCCUCCCCCUCCCCUCGCAAGAAGCGUGGGCGUCGGAAACUAGACAGAACCAAGAGGAAUAAGGACGAGCCAGACGACAGAAGCUGCGACUCCCCCAAAGAGUGUGUGCAGGGGGAGAGCGGGAGGCUGCGGAGGAGGCCGGUCCCCCGGGUGACUUUCCAGGCCGGCGACCCGUACUACAUCAGCAGGAGACAGAGAGACGAGUGGCUCAGCCGCUGGAAGAUAGAGGCGGAGCGGCGGGCGUACCGAGAGGCGGAGAUGAGCAUGAUGGACGAACUGACGGAGGCCGACUUUCGGAAAGAGGAGGAGCCGGCCAGCCCAGCGCCUCCUCCAUCACAACAACACACGGACCCCGCCUCCCCCACAGUCGCCGUGACCCCGGAGCCGGUGGCCAGGGGGGACCAGGCCACACCCAAUGAGGUAGAGUGCCAGGACGGCCGGGGCUUUGGCAUCGGCACGCUGGUGUUCGGGAAGCUGCGAGGGUUCUCAUGGUGGCCCGGCAGGAUCGUGUCCUGGUGGAUGAGCGGCCGGAGUCGAGCCGCCGACGGCACCCGCUGGGUCAUGUGGUUCGGCGACGGCAAAUUCUCUGUGGUUUGUGUGGAGAAGCUGAUGCUGCUGAGCUCCUUCUCCUCCGCCUUCCACCAGCCCACCUACAACAAACAGUCCAUGUACAGGAAAGCCAUCUUCGAGGCUCUGCAGGUGGCCAGUGUGCGGGCGGGGAGGCCCGUCCCUUCCUGUGAUGCCAGCGACGAUGGCGACGGCGUGGACAUUCAGACCAGACAGAUGAUAGAGUGGGCGAUGACCGGCUUCCUGCCCAAAGGUCCACAGUCACUGGAGCCUCCAGAAGAGGAGCAGAAUCCAUACAAAGAGGUGUACCCGGAGAUGUGGGCGGAGCCUGAGGCAGCGUACACGCCUCCGCCGGCGAAGAAACCUCGCAAGAACCUCGCGGAGAAAUCAAAGAUCCGAGAAGUGAUCGACGAGGGGACCAGAGAGAGACUCAUAUGUGAGGUCAAACAGAAAACCAGGAAUAUAGAAGAUAUCUGUAUUUCCUGCGGGAGCCUCAACGUCUCUCUGGAGCAUCCCCUCUUUUCAGGAGCCAUGUGUCAGGGCUGCAAAAACUCCUUCCUGGAGUGCGCCUACCAGUACGAUGACGACGGCUACCAGUCCUACUGCACCAUCUGCUGUGGAGGCAGGGAAGUGCUCAUGUGUGGCAACAACAACUGCUGCAGGUGUUUCUGUGUGGAGUGUGUGGAUCUGCUGGUCGGAACCGGCUCAGCAGCGAUAGCCAUCAAAGAAGACCCGUGGAACUGUUACAUGUGCGGCCCCCGGAACACCCACGGGCUGCUGCGCCGACGGGACGACUGGCCCUGCCGGCUCCAGCACUUCUUCGCCAACAACCACGAGCAGGACUUCGAGCCGGCCAAGUUGUAUCCUCCAGUGGCGGCGGAGAAGAGACAGCCAAUCAGAGUCCUCUCUCUGUUCGACGGCAUCGCCACAGGUCUGCUGGUGCUGAGGGACUUGGGAAUCCAGAUCGACAAGUACGUGGCGUCGGAGGUGUGUGAGGACUCCAUCACCGUCGGCCUGGUGCGACACCACGGACGCAUCAUGUACGUGGGAGACAUCCGCAACGUGACCCGCAAACACAUCGACGAGUGGGGACCUUUUGACCUGGUGAUCGGAGGAAGCCCCUGUAACGACCUCUCCAUAGUCAACCCUGCACGCAAAGGCCUUUACGAGGGAACCGGCCGGUUGUUUUUCGAGUUCUACCGGCUGCUGCACGAGGCGCGACCGAAGCCCGGGGACGAGCGGCCGUUCUUCUGGCUGUUCGAGAACGUGGUCGCGAUGGGAGUCAGCGACAAGCGGGACAUCUCUCGCUUUUUAGAGUCUAAUCCGAUAAUGAUCGACGCCAAGGAAGUGUCGGCCGCGCACCGCGCUCGCUACUUCUGGGGAAACCUGCCAGGCAUGUCCAGACCCCUGACAGCCAUGGCCAACGACAGGCUGGACCUACAGGAGUGCCUCGAGCAUGGGCGCCAUGCCAAGUUUGAGAAGUUGCGUACGAUAACGACACGCUCCAACUCUGUGAAGCAGGGGAAAGACGAGCAUUUCCCCGUCUACAUGGACAACAAGGAGGACAUCCUCUGGUGCACGGAGAUGGAGAGGGUGUUCGGUUUCCCCGUCCACUACACGGACGUGUCCAACAUGAGUCGUCUGGCCAGGCAAAGGCUGCUGGGACGGUCCUGGAGCGUCCCCGUCAUCAGGCACCUCUUCGCCCCACUCAAGGAGUUCUUCGCCUGCAACUAGUUACACACCAACUCUCUCUCUUUCUGUCAUGCACACACACACACACACAUGCGUACACACAUAAACAUCAUGUAAGGACAAACACACAACUACAACUACACACUGUAAACAGAUUGUACAUGAAGGUUGGCUGACACAGGAUGACCAGACACACACACUAACACACACACACACACACGCCUGUAGGCCACUGGCUGACCUUAGUCCCCUGGUGCUACCUUCCAUUGAUUUACACCAAUGACUGAUAAUAAAGAUGGACGCCAUGUCUCCACUUCCUCCUACUUAACAAAACAAUUAAUCCAAACUAUGCCGAACACGUGCUGGUGCUGCCAUCUUGAGCUUUAUGUGUCAUCUUGAGCUGGGGGGGGGGGGGGCUUGACCGUUUGAGAGCUGUGGUGUUUUUCCAUCUUUAUGAGCAGCCAUUGAUUUGCACACACGCUGGUGCAGGGUCUCUGAACUGUAAACCCUCACACACGAACUUCCUGUCCAACCUUGAAACUGAUGUCUUCUGGCUUUACUCUGUGGUGGCAGCUGGAGUUCAAACCUCCAGGGGGCGCUAGAGCUAACGCAGACGCCCUAUCUUUUCUUUUUUGUUUUUAAAUACAGUAACGCUCUGAACACAUCGACACACCAAUGAUUUUCCUCUCAACCAUAACUGUAUCCAUGUGUAGUGACAGUGCUGCUGGUAUAUUACAGUCCAACAAACACAAAUAUAUACACAAACAAACACACACACACACGCACACGCUCCGGUUGAUGCUCAUGGUGCUGGUCAGGCAGUGAUAAGAGUCCUAAUGGUGCCACUUUAAUACACUUUUCCAGCUCUUGGUGCUUUUAGACACUGAACAGUCUCUGGUGGUUUCAGUCGCUGCAGUUUUGUGUUUCCGGACCCGAGUCAAACUACACGAUGAUUCGCUGGGUGAUGCAACAGCAGGUGGUCGUGAGGUUCAGGAGGUUUUGAUUUGUCAGAUCUGCUGUGAAGGAACUGGCAGGAGAGCUUCCCAAAGAGAGCAGGACUCAGUCAGACUCUUCUUCACGGAGGAAACGCUGCUCUGGAAGUAAACAUCUCAGGGGUCGAGGUAAACGACGGGUUUUUCUGGCAAAGUAACAUCUAAAGAAAAAUGUUAAACCUUCACCUGAGGAAGAUGAAUAUGGUCACAAAGUUUAUUUGCAUAUAAAGAUUUUAACAAGACAAUUCAAAGUGAUUUACAUUCAAAUAUAACAACAAGAAAAUACCUAAAUAAACUAGAAGGUCCGAAUGCUAACACUCUAGCUCACCUCACCAAUCUGCAUCCUAUCGAUCCAAUACGUUUUCUUUAAAACUCAAAUAUACAUGAGGCAUAUUCUUCAUAUCGUCAUGAAAACACUUUUAAAGUAACUUUUAAAAGUCUCAUGUGUGUUGGAAUAUUGUGAACUUAAUGAAGACAAAGAAUUAAAUCUGCUUUUCCUCUCAGUACCGUUCACAGCUGCAGGUCUCAUUGGUCAGGAUCCGCUUUUAUUAGCUUUUCACAUUAGCAUUGGAUAUGGAGAUAUUCAGGCAGUGGUUGUAUAUUAAGUUGAGUUAAUUGCUGUGAAAUACUGUAACAUUUUAACGAUGGGUAUUCUUUUACCUUGUUUUUAUUUAAUACUGUACACGUGCUGUCCAUCUUAAUGCUGCAAAUUUGGAAUAGCACUGUUUGCAGGUAAUCUUUAAGUGAAUGUAGCAGAGGUUUCUCACAAUGGGUCUCAAAGCCUGGACAGUUCAUUGAGUCCCAGUGAACGUCCCUGGAGACGUCACCAGGUGGUGGUAGACGAUAAGGAAAACUUACUGGGAUCAUUUCAUUAAGCUGGGAGUGACUAACCCAGAACCCAGUUACUGUGAAGUGUAAAUAACAGGUCAUUAGUUCUGUAGCAGCUGGUUUUUAUCCAUCAUGAGCACGGCUUCUAAUUUGUCUCACACAUUCUGCACUGUCUCUGUAUUUUAUCCAAGUGAGCACGAUGAGCUUUCAGAAUCCAGAUUGAACAUCUGGAUUCUUUUUAAUCAUCUUAUCUUUAUGAUCUUGACUUUACUCUAUUUAAAAUCUGCUUUCUAGAUUUUCUUUCUAGAAAUUGCUUUUUAUUUGAGUGGUUUUUUAAUUUUGAAAUCUUUUACCUACAGAGGUCAAACAAUGGCCCUUCAACGAAAACUUAUUUUUGGUUAAAAAUAUGAACAACUACAAAAUAAAAUGACAAUUAGUAUCAUGGUUGUUUUAGCUUGUUGUCAGGCACCAAAACAAUGAAAUCAAAUAUUAUAAAACAGAUUUACGCACCUGUAUUUCUGGCCAUGCUUAUAACACUAUUGAACAAAGUUUCUGGAUUUUAAAAUCAAAACUAUUAGACUUGUUUAAUAAUCAAAAAUAUUUUAAUCUUUGGCUCCGUUAAUAAGGUUUAACUCGUCCUCUGAGAUUAUUCUUUAAGAGCAGCGUUCAAAUUAAAUUCUAGUUUGCAAAGUGUCGGUCCCGAACACUUCCAGGUUUUUAUCUCCUGCGCCUCAGCUCCAGUGUUGUCGUCCUCCCACUUUGCUUCGCUGGGAUCAAAACUCUGCAGCGACCCCCAGUGAGACCUUUACUUUGUAGACUCUUUGCUGGUUUUCUACUUCCUGUGACUGAAACAGACAGCCCUGAAUCAAUAACAGAUACUUCCUCACACAACACAGAUGCAACUGUUCAACCUCUUUUACGCCCCAACGCAUGCCGGGAUGCUCUCAGUCCCAUCAUGACCUUGAACGGGGCAUAGGCAGGUAAACAAUAAGAUGACACACACCUUAACCGCCAUGUGUACGCGUCACUGCACACAGUUGUGUGUUUUAUUCAGACAGGGCUGUCAUCUCUUUCAGUCUGGUGCUUCUGGUCCUCGGACGACCAACAAUCCUUUUCUCCCAGGAAGCCUUCUGAAUCCUCUGACCUUCCUCAGAUACCGGCUAACGACUGGACACACACACACUCACACACACACACUGACACACAAAUACAAAGUAACACAAAACAACAGUAAACCAGCAGGUUCAAAAUUUUUUCCCGACAAGUUUACUCUCCGUUUUUACAACCAACAGUCUGGUGCUUUUUAAACUUUGCUCUUUUUUACAGUGCUCUUGCAGGUCUCUCAUACACACACACACACACACACACACAAACACACACUCUGACACACAUACACACAUUUUGCUACAAAUAUGGUGCAGACGUUCACGCUUCUCCUUUCGCUGCAACACACGCCACCAACACACACACACACACAAGCAUACACACUGUGGAUUUGCCGGCUGCCUGUUGCCAUCAGGCUUCCCACGGCACCACCGGGUGUGACAUCACCACCCCGCGUCGCUUGGUGCUCACAACCCCUGCCGGGUCCCCCCCCCCCAACUGAAAUCCCUCCCCUCCCCUCCCACCUCACCCCCCCCCCAGGUGCUGCAUGUCAGUCAGUCAGUGUAUUCUCUGAUUUCAUGUUAGAUUAGGGAGUAAAGAUAAUAAAAAUAAUGGUAAUAAUAUUACAAUAAUAAUCUGUUAUCGUGUGUGUGUACUGUUCCAGGGUGGUGCUCAGUUCAGUUCAGUCUCAGCCUGUAGAGCGGAGAGAGGGAGGCUCGAGAAAGCAUAUAUUACAGUUAGUAUAGUGACUUGUUCUAUUGUAUCCAAGGAGGCCGGAAUAAAAUGGUUGUUUUAAGCGAUGAGCCAAAAGGACGGUCGCUCUCGAACAGGAGAGGAGCUGAAGUGAUUCCCUGGAAAUCUGUGAAAAAUGUCAAAAAAUUAUGAAUUUAAAUAAUCUGUGGAUCCAAAGCUCAGUCCAGAUUUACACUAAAAUGGAUUGGGGUCCUUCUACCUAAGUUUUGUGUAAUUCUGCUGACAAACAAACCAAGGGGUGGAACUAUAACCUCCUUGCAAAGAGACAUGAAAUGAUCCUGUGGUCUCAUCUCUUUUAUCCUGUAUUUAAGAGUUUGAAUUAGAAAAGGAAACUUGAAUUUGAAAAAGGAAACUUGAACCUGAAACAGGUACAACAAACCAGAAUCCCAGUUGUGAAGCACUGGCUUCUUUUCAUCAGAUUUGUGUGCAGCGGUCACUUCAGUGUGUGUCUGUUCUGAGAGCGCAGUUCGGUCAGAAGCGUGAGGGAUGGAGUCGAUAUCUCUAAAUGAUAGGUGACACGGUGAUGGUGUUUCUGUUCGCCUACAUCGACAGCUGUUAGGUUGAGUGAUGCGUUGUUUUAAACACUGAUACACAAACAAACACACACUGUUACUGACAAACAGAGACACACGCACAACACGUACACACACACACACACACACACACACACAAUGCUGUGGCGCAUCCAGACACUCAUCUCAUGGACUAAAUGAAAGAUGAGCUUUUCGGAAAAAAAGGAGGAACUGGUGGUGUUUCAAAAGGUGCUAAAAUUUUAUCUGAAAAUAAGAAAAAUAUAUUGUUAGGAAUAUAAAUCGAGUUUGUCUUUACAAUGACUGUAUUUAAGUUUGUCGUAGUAAUGAAAAGGCACUAUUAUUAUUUUACUCUUGUAUGAAUAUGAACUAAUUAAAAAAGCAUUUUAACUUUGUACUUGAACAAUGUAAGAAAUGAACCGUGAAUAAAAAAAGGACUGUUUCUUGUGA